UGUCACACAUGCGCAAGAAGCAUAGUAACGCGUAACUAAGAGAAGCCGAAAUAAGGAAAUAAGGACAUUUUAGAGAAACUCUAAUCAGUUGUGGUCCCUCAAAAUGGAGGUGGACAAGAGACCUAAGGUUGCCUUCAUGACAACUCUAAAUAGGGAACUAUUCCCUACCAAAAUGCCACCAAAUCGUUUUGGUAAUGAGGUAGUUCCACUUCGAGGUGCUCCUCACAGAGGACCGGGCUGCUAUGAAAAUGAAGAAAAAACAAACUUCUGGUAUGGUGUGAAGAACAAGAUUACCAGUGAAAAGGGCUACACUCUCGGAGCUAGGACGUCAAACAGGAUACCAUCAGAUGCAAAGUUUCAGACACCUAGCCCUUUGGUCUACCAGACAACCUGCACAGAACCCCGAACCUUCUCGGCAUCUAAGAAACCAUUUGAAGUAGGGGCAGAGAGGUUCCCCGUGUACAGGAGGGACAUCAGUGAGGUUCUCCCUGGGCCAGGCACAUACGAGCACCAGAGCCCUAAGAACAGAAUGGUUCAGUGGCACCAGUCAUUUGGUGGAACGCCCAUCAUGUUGCCUGCAGUCAAGGUGACAAGCACCAUACAGAAAAACACAGAUAAGUUACUCAGCACGAAAGAAGAGAAGAAAUAUCAUCGAAAGCUGGCUUAUCUUAAGCUGUAUUAUGAUUAAGUUGAAUAUUCUAACAUUGGCAAUUUGAAUUGUUUUGUUGCAAAUGAGGUCAUUAAACAUCAGUGUCUGGUGAAGUUGAGAAAUGUCGGAAAUGAUAGCAAAAUGUUCCUCAAAUAUUUUAAUCACAUUUCAAUUCAAGAAUGUUGUCUUAUACAUGUAUAAGUAUGAUCCAUCUGUUUUUGUGUGAUGAUGUGCGUUUUUGCAAAACUUCAUGUGAAUACAGAUAUCUGGUAUUGGUAUUGUCACUACAUGUUAACAAUGAUCAAUUCCUGAUUAUAACAGAUAAUCAAUGCUCAGAGUUAUUAUAUUGUAAACAUGUGACACAAUGACAUUGUUUUGUACAAGAUGUAAAUAUGUCUUGAAGACAGGCAUACUUUCAGUGAUCUGUGUCCAGCAAUAUGUAGAGGCCUUUGUUGCAGGAUAUAUAUCUACAUGUACAUAUAUUGUAAAUAAAUGUGUGUUUGUUGUGUA